GGCGAGGAGGAUGGUUAGAAGGGAACGAGAAUAAGUUUGCCUGAUUAAUCAAAUACAGGUUUGCAGAAGUACUAUUUCAUAACAUUCAGAUCACCAUGGCGAUGAUGGAUGAUGUAGAUUUCCUCAUCUCGCACAUUCGGAACUCCUUUAUUACAAGUGAUGACACCGGCAUGUGUGAGCUGAUUAUAGAGAUGGACGAGGCGGAGCGGCCCAACACUCGAGCAGAAUCAUUCAGCACAUACGCUCACUGGAACACUUGUGACUCCCCUCCGAGCCCCGUGGACAGCGGCUUGGACACCUCCGAUGAGCUGUCUCACUCCUAUGACAUUCUGCCCGACAUGGACUAUGGUGCCCACCGACGCCGCUCCAACACGGCUCAGCGCCUGGAGCGCCUGAAGAAGGAGAAGCGGAACCAGUGUAAGGUGAAGACUAUAUCAUGGAAGGAUUCCCAGACAAACUACUCAGCUGAUGACAAGGGGCACCUGUUUGAGAAGAAGGAGGUACCACCACAGGAGCGCACCAGGAAGGGCAGCUUCCUCUCUCAGCAGCUGGACACUCAUGGAAUGAAGGGAGAUAACCCAUUCACAGAAUAUGCCAAGUUUGAUGGAAGGGCGAGUGCAGGUAUUGCAACCAAAAAAAUCGACAUUUUCCUUACUAUGGCACCAGCAGAUAGUAGAGCCUAUCCAAUGCCAGUGGUUGUCGUGGCAACAGCUAAAGUGGAGGAACUAAUUGGUCUGAUUUGCUGGCAGUAUACACACGAGGCCCGCGAACCCAGGAUGAUAGAGGACACUGGUGUCUACUGGCUGCACAUCGCUGAGGACGACGGCGAGGUUGACAUGGACUUCCCCAGCCUCGACAAACGGGAACCCGUGUCAAAGUUUGGAUUCUCAAAGCUGGCAUUAGUGGAGAGGGCACCUGCUCACCCAACACCAAAGAAGUCUCUUGUAGUCACAAUAAAUGUUCCGAGCCGAGGAUUCAACAAGUUCCAAGUCGAAAACAUGCAUGUUCCUAUGAAAGACAUCCUCAACAAAGUUCUCAAACGACGCAAAAUCAAAGUAAAGCCAGGUUUGAGUUACUACCUGGAGAAGCAGAGCGAGCCUGGGUCUGUGAUUGAUCUCGAGUCCACCCUGGCCGCAACAGACACUAUGGAGUUUUGUCUCGUCAGGGAAAACAGUCAGCGAGGGGACUUAGAAGAGCUGUAUCCUGUGGAUUCCUCGGACGUGGCAGAGUCUCUGACCAGCCACCAGUACAAGUCCUACAUCGUCAACAUGGUGCAUAAGCUGAGGACCAACACAGAGGUUCAGCUAGGUGUUAGUGGUGAGAAGGUGGAAAUAGACCCAGUCACCAACAAGGGCACAGGGAGGCUGUUCAAGCAGAAGGCUGUUACUUAUGAUGCUGACACUAUUGCCGACUGUGAUAUUGUGGAAAAUAGGUCUAAUGGCAAGUGCGUGUUUCGGAUGAUGUACCAGACCAAUCAUGACUACAAGCAUCAUGACUUCGAGGUGGAAGAGGAGGUGGCCAGUGAAAUUGUUCAGAAAAUAAACAACAUUCUCGAGCUGAGGCUUAGUCAAACACGUAAAGACUUUGUGGCAAUCAGAGACAGGAAGAGGAAGCGAGACUCACUCAGAUACAGUUGAUACUGGGAGCUGGACGAUAGACAGGCAACAUGCUGACUCAUCAUCUCAUGGAGGACCAAUUGUAACCUUUGAGAUAAUGAUUUUCUUAUUAGACCUCGGAUAUGUAUCUAACAUACUGCUAGUCAUUUUACAGGCGUUACAAGGUCACAGUUAGAAACAUCCACUGAUUUAUUCUGUUGCUGAAGGGAUAUUUUUGGAAGCACUUCGCAUGUAACCACACAACUCUGGAUGACAUGAUCUUCUAGUAUAUUUGACAUAUAACAUUUCGUAAAAUAGUUAGUUCUCAUUUUGCACACUUUUAUACAGUAAAUGGGAACUGUUAAAAAAUCUACAAAAGUGUUGAUAAAUGCUGAUUCUGAACUGUCAAAACAGAAUUAAAAUAGUGAGUGGUUCUAAGGUUCUAAAUGAAAAUAUAAGGUAUCAUUUCCAUCGUGUGGUUGCCUCAGACCUCAAGACAUGGUAUGUUUAUCUUUAUUCUCAGGGCAGAGGGGUAGCCUAGUGGUCUAAGCAUUCCCUUUCAUGCUGAAGACCCUGGUUCGAUUCCCAACAUGGGUACAAUGUGUGAAGCCCAUUUCUGGUGUCCCCCGCCAUGAUAUUGGUGGAAUAUUGCUAAAAGCGGCAUAAAACCAUACUCACUCACUCAUUCUCAAAUUUCCUUGAUGUCCAGGGUUCACAUUUCAGUAAAUCUACAGUAAACAAUCUCAAAGUAAGCACCCUUGAUUGUCAUUAACAUUUUCGCGACCAGUCAGACUUCAAAAUAAGGAAAAUGGGAAAUGACUCACUUUUAAUAGACACAAAGACAUCCUUUCUGUUAAAAAAGAAAGACUUUUUCAUGCUGGUCUGUUUUUCAAAUUGAAUUUCUGGCCAACAAUAUUGUAAACAUGUUGAUGUCACUGACCUGUGUUCUAACACAGUCUAAGUAAACUUAGGCUCAGUAUUAUUCGUUACACUGCUAUACUAACAAAACCUUGGAAGGUAGACGGUCGCGUCAGGUAACCUUUGAGCGACCUAUGACCGUCCAAUCAAACGCGAGACGUCCGAACGUCUUUAACCAGUCAGACAUCAGCUACUAUUUAGGGUUCGUCGGGACUUACAAAAUGUAUUUUCUCUUCCCCGGUCGCCAGCACUGAUCUCGCAACAAAUGAAAACCCGCAUAAAACAUAGAUAUAAGACCUGCAGAAUGUACGCUUUUGGGUUUCUGUUGACGUGGUUAUCAUUAGCUAAUAUUUCCGCAAGCUGACAUCCUUGAAUACUGACAAAAGCUAUUUUCAGCAAGUGUUUACUCACUGUUGCGUGCUUCAUGUGCAUCACUCGGAAGCGAUCGUACGUAAAAUACGAGUGUAGCAUUCGGAAUCGUUCGGGUAGAAAACUUUUUUCGAGGUAAAAGUUCAA